UUGGGUUUUGCACGCACCGUUGUCGUAUUUCGGGAUGGAAGAGUUGAGUUGGAUAAUGAUCGGGUACCUGUGUUUUUCGGUUGUGCGCCAAGUUCUGGGAGGAGAAUCCCUAUUUUACAGAGGAAGGCCGAGAGGGAAAUUCGGAAUGUUGAGGUCUCUCGUCAGAAACGAGGGAGAGUCGGUACCCGAAGAUCGAUGGUUCCUACAGAAGCUAGAUCACUUCAAUCCCACGGAUAAUAGGGUUUGGAAGCAACGUUAUUUCGUCAACGCCAGUUUUUACAAACCCGGAGGACCUGUAUUUUUACAGAUAGGAGGAGAGGGAGAAGCCAACCCCGUUUGGAUGAUCAAAGGUCAACCUAUGAACUACGCCAAGACUUACAACGCUUUCGCGGUCAUGUUAGAACACAGAUACUACGGAAAGAGCCAUCCGACCGAAGACACGUCGGUCAAAAACCUCCGCUACCUUACUAGCGAACAGGCUUUGGCGGAUUUGGCUAAUUUUCAGCAUUACGUAACUCGGAAGUAUAACUUGAAGGGCAGCAAAUGGAUCGCUUUCGGAGGUUCGUACCCCGGUUCUCUAGCCGCCUGCCGNGCCGCCUGGUAUCGCUUGAAAUAUCCUCAUUUGGUACACAAAUCCGUGGCGUCGAGCGCGCCGGUUUUCGCUCUAGUAGAUUUUAAAGAAUAUUUGGGCGUGGUCACCGAUUCUCUGGCCACCGCCGGCAAAAAGUGCAACGAUGCCAUUCGACUAGCCGCGCAACAACUGUCUCGAUUGUUAAAGUAUAGUGUCGGAAGGCAGAAGGUGACAGAGACGUUUCGUCUCUGCAGCGAUUGGGGUGCUGCCAACGAGAAGGACGUGGCCAACUUAUUUAGCAAUUUGGCUGGCAACUUCAAAUUCUUUGUUCAGUACAAUAAAGAAAACACGGGGAUUACGGAUGCUAAAGGACAGACCGUUACGAUAGAUACUAUUUGCGGAAUAAUGGAAGACGAUGCGGCGGGGUCGCAAAUGGAGCGUUACUCUCGAAUAAACGAUCUCUUAUUGGACAGUUUUGGUAUCGAUUGUCUGGAUGUCAAGUACGACGACUUUAUUAGGGACUUGUCUUCUACUUCUUGGAACGAUAGCGCGGCCGAAGGAGGAAGACAAUGGACUUACCAAACGUGCGUGGAGUUCGGAUUUUUCCAGUCUUCGGAUCUGUCCACCCAACCGUUCGGUAACGGAUUCCCCGUCGACUUCUUCGUUCGACAAUGUUCCGACGUUUUUGGACCAGAGUUUACGUUACGACUCCUGCAGAGAGGAAUCGACCGCACCAAUCUCAAUUACGGGGGCUUCGGUCUACGGGUGACGAACGUGGUGUUUCCGAACGGGUCCAUCGACCCUUGGCACGCGCUGGGCAUAACUCGAGAUAUAUCCCCCGAGGCAAUCGUCAUCUACAUUAACGGAACCGCUCACUGCGCCGACAUGUAUCCCGAUUCCCCCGACGACUUGCCGCAACUGCGAGCUGCCAGACGGGAAAUUAAAGAACGAAUCGGAUUGUGGCUGAGAGGAGGAACGGGAGUUUAAUACGGAAAAGUUUUAUUUUGAUAUCUGCACGCAAUAAUUACACUUUUUAAGUUAUUUAAUUUAAAAUUAGUAUAAUAAGUUAAUGGAAUACAUCGUCCGCUACAUUUGAGAUUUCUCGCCGUCGCAUCUACAUUAGUGAAGAGCAAUAUUUCGUAACUGGUGACUCAAAAUUUUUAAACUCCGCUCCGCGGGCACUAAGAGGACCUCCUUGGGAAGCCCAUUACGGGU